AUGGCAACCCCUACGGACUCCGCAUCCCCGCCGAGCACAGCCCUUCGCCCCCCGGCCCCUGCUCCGCUCCCUGCCGCCCCUGGCCCUGGUGUAUGCGCAGUGGACAUCCGCCUGGUCAAGGACAAGCUCUCCCGCGUCGCCGGCGGGGAAGGAGACAAGGUCACCGUCAACAAGGACUAUACUACCGGGUUCGUCGAGGGCGCCAGCGCCCGCAUCUUCAUCCACUGUCUCUCCACCACUUUGGAACUUGAAAGAGAAAGAGCAGUGAGGUACAGAUAUUUUAUCCAAUCGAAUCCUGGGUAUUUUUGGGGAAAAUUAGGGAAUGUGGAGCCAUUUUAUCCAAUCGAAUCCUGGGUAUUUUUGGGGAAAAUGAGAGAAUGUUGCCAUGGCUCCAAGCAAUUGACAGUGCAUUUUACUGUGGCUGAGUCCAAGAUCCAGAAGACAUUAUUGGAGAAAAGGGAGCUGCAUAUGGAAAGAGAUUUACUGCUGGACUGA